AAAGUGCAGUGAACAUUUGUUGCUUUGUAUAUACGUGUUCAUUAUUAUCAGGGUUUGCUUAAGAAAAUAUGCAGCAGGAAAAGAUUUGUGAGGGAACACUCCCUUCAUUUGUGCAAUUCACGCAUGAGCGAUUGUGAUUUAUUGUGAGUACAGAUCAAAUCCGUUGGGUUUCUAAUGAUCUCAUCAACAACAAAAAAAGGUUCUCUAUUGGAACUGAUAUUAAUGAUCACUGCUAUCAUCUCGGAAUAGAUUUACUCGUACAGUACAGGAAAUAAAGGGGAUAAUAGUCGUUUCCUUGUGCUUAUAAAUACGGGCUAGUGCCACUCACACCGGGGUUCGGUAACAGAAAGACAGCAGCACGGAAGACUGAGCCUGUUUUGCCGGGGGGAGUAGGGGAGGGAGGGGAAGGUGGGGGAUGAUAUUCUUGUACAGUGCAGCAGGGAACUUGCGCAGUUGGAGAGGAAGGACUGGAUUUUUCUCCAUGCAAGAGAAAGCUCGGAGCCUGUGCUGGCCAGAUGGCGGGGCGAGGGAUUUAACCAGCUCAAAACAAAAGGAUUGAGAUUUUAUAAGUAUAUAUUUUAAAAGGCUGGGAAAAAAACUGUCACCUUCUGCGCAGGCUCACUUUAACCCCAAAGACAUUCUGUUAGCACUCACCGGAAGUUCAGCUCCCUGCCACGGCUGGAGAAGAAGAGAAAUGAUUGGUCUUCAGGGUGGAUAGAAACAAAAAAAACCCCACAAAAACCAUUCGUUUAAGGAAGACUGUCUUCCCCCACACCCUUUCCCGUUUCCAUCCUCUCCCCUCCCCACCGCAACGGUGGUUACACAAUGAGGAUUAAAAGGAACUUUGUGGUUCGUGGGGUCUGCCCUUUCCGAUGGAAAUGGAGACACUGAUCUGUUGACGGCGAGGAUCGAGGCUGCCCCAUUCUCAUGCUCGCCUCGAUGGCGAACGCCAGUGAGCUAGAAGAGACGAAUAGCUCUCUUCAGAAUUACGCCAUCACCGCCUCGGCCGUCAAGCUGGCUUCCCUGGGUUUGAUCAUCUGCAUCAGCCUGACCGGCAACCUGCUGCUCUCCUUCCUGCUCUUCAAAGAGCCAAGCUUGCACCGGGCUCCCUACUACUUUCUCCUGGACCUCUGCCUGGCCGACAUCGUGCGCUCGCUGCUCUGCUUCCCGUUCGUCAUGAUCUCCAUCAGUAGCGGCUCGGCUUGGACCUACAGCCUGCUCAGCUGCAAGAUCAUCGCCUUCGCCGCCGUCCUCUUCUGUUUCCACGCCGCCUUCAUGAUGUUCUGCAUCAGCAUUACCCGUUACAUGGCCAUCGCCCACCACCGCUUCUACUCCAAACGAAUGACGGUGUGGACUUGUGUGGCGGUCAUCUGCAUGGUGUGGACCCUGUCGGUCGCCAUGGCCUUCCCGCCAGUUUUCGACGUGGGCACCUACAAGUUCAUCCGUGAGGAGGAGCAGUGCAUCUUCGAGCACCGCUACGUGAAGGCCAACGACACCCUGGGCUUCAUGCUGAUGCUGGCGGUUAUCAUCGCCGCCACACACAUGGUCUACGUCAAGCUCAUCUUUUUCGUAUACGACCACCGCAAGAUGAAACCCGCUCAGUUGAUCCCGGCCAUCAGCCAAAAUUGGACGUUUCACGGGCCGGGCGCCACAGGCCAGGCGGCCGCCAACUGGAUCGCUGGCUUCGGCAGAGGACCCACACCCCCGACCCUGGUGGGCAUCCGGCAGACCACGCACAACCAGAACAAGAGACUGCUGGUCUUAGAUGAGUUCAAAAUGGAAAAGCGAAUAGGCAGGAUGUUCUACAUCAUAACCGUACUCUUCCUGCUGCUGUGGUCGCCAUAUAUUGUCGCAUGUUAUCUGCGGGUCUUUGUCAAAGCCAGUACCAUCCCCCAAGUCUACCUGACCGCUGCAGUGUGGAUGACAUUUGCCCAGGCGGGGGUCAAUCCGAUUUUGUGCUUUAUCUUCAACAAAGAGCUGAGGAUUUGCUUCAGAACCCACUUCCCUUGUUUUCAAAGCACACAGACGCCCAGGGAAGCUUACUGCGUUAUUUAAAAUACAUUUAAAUAGUAGGAAGACACCGUCUUUUAAAAAGAAAAUCCGCAAGGGAACUCAUAAUAAUGUAUGUGCAGGCGUUUGGCGGAUUAAUCUUUGUCACAGAACAGUCAACUGCACUGGUUUCUGUUUACAUUUAAGAAGUGCGAGACACUGAGUCAAGUAUUUUGAGGACAAGCCAAUCUCUCUGGAAUACGAAUUCAUGGAGGCCACUUUAUAUCAGAAUCUCUCACGUUGACUCCACGUUGGACCCAGUUUGAUACAAAUUUUACUGAUUGCUUAAAAACGUAUUGAUCAGGGAAUUCAAACACAAUUAAGCAAUCCGAAUCUCAGAGUGUUUUACAAUAAAUGAAAUAUAUUUGUUCCUAGUUGUGCUGCGCUUUAUACAGGGCAGUGAAUUAUUAAUAACAUCCAGAAGAGGAAAAAAGCAAACUGGAGUGUAAAAAUUGUAUAAAUCAUAAUUUCAGUGACACUUUUCACCCUUCCCACUGCAAUUUAAGAACUUUGUAUGAUUGUACUUUCCUUUUGAUAUUUUCUUAGCUUGUUUCUCUGCAUUGUAAUAUACUGAAAAAUGUUUUGACCUUUAAACAUUACUUUUUGCAAUUUCAUAUCUUAAUGUGCAUUUGUCUUUGAAAAACAAAUGUCAAUUUUACAUUUCUCUAGCUGAAUGUAAAUAAGUCUUGUAGUGUUAGCUGUAGUUAUUGUCUUACAAAAUUAUCAGUUAGUAAGUUAUACUGUACUCUUCAUUUGAUUGAAUCAAGAAAGUAGCUCUUUUUCUCUUGUACAUUUCCACUGUUUUUACUUGAAAAUAAAUUUAUUAAGCAGAAGGGUAGUUUUCUCUUCACAAUGAAAAAUCAAAUUAAUGGAUCUCAUUUAAUGUACUUUGGGUGUUUUGGUGAGAGUAGCAGUCGAUUGCAGGAAAGGAUAUUUAAGUGGACUAGGUGAAUGAGGUGCAAAGUCUCCUUAUUGAUAUGUAAAGAUUGACAGUUGUGAAUAAUCAUGCAAGUUGUUGAAAGAAGGGCAAAUCCAAGAACCUAUUGAACAAUACAUGAAAUUAAAACAAAAAUCACUUUUACAGUUGCAUAUGUUUUAUUAACAUUGGUUUAAAUAAAUGGUGGAAUGGGUUGAGGGCUGAAUGGCCUAAUCUUUUUCCUAUAUUUCUUUCAAAUAGCUUAGAAACUGGCCAAGUUGCUGAAAUGUAACUAAAUCUCCAUCAGCUGCCAAACUAUUAUGCAACAAAUGAUAUCCAAAAAUUACCUACAGAUACCAAGUAAAUGCUGCCAAAAUAUAGCUAAUUUGUAAAUCUUGUUGCUGGCAUUGGAUUGAAAAUGCUUAACUGGACAAAUUAUUGAAUCAGCAUUCUACUAAUGUUCCCAACACAAGGGACAACAGCCUUUGAUAUAAAUGUGUUUUACUUAAUUGAGGUGUACAACCUGCAAACCCACAGUGUAGCAAUCCUAAAUGAUACAACUCUGUCCCCUAAGUUAGUGCAAUUAAUUCACUUUCAUUUUGUUAAUGUGAAAAUGAAAAGUAAUUUUUCAAAAUGAAAACAAAUUUGGCAUGUUGGAACCCUGUCACAAUGUUGAAAAAAAUAAAGGUUAUGAAAUACAUUUUUAAGAAUAUUGGAGACCUUUUAUUAUCCAUCCAAUUUACUACUUAAAUUAAAAAUUUUAAAGUGGGUUAUGCCAUUGUGAUGGUUUAGUGAGUCAAAUACAUCUAAAAACAGCCAAUAAAGAAUGUAACUGCGUAAACAAAUCACAAAAAUCAGACUGACUUUGAAACUUAGAAAAUCUUUAGUUGUGUUUGAUAAUUAGGUUAAGUUUCAUUGUGACAAUCUGAAGUGCUUCAAUCUAUAUGAUGCAACUUGGUUUUAUUGCUAUAUAAAAUUUGUUGCAAUAAAACCAAUCCAAAGGAAGAAUUAAUAGUUUAAUGUUUAUUUUUAUUUAUUUCAAUAUACAAAUUCUGUCGUACGAUAUGGAUUAGCCAACCUAACUCUUAUUUCACAUGCUGAAUGCUCUAUAGAUUCGAACUGAAAUAAAAUAAAAUAAUUAUUUUAUUAAUGAUGUAGAAUUUAAGGAAAUCUGUUGAAUUCGUGAGUGAAUUAUAGAUGCCUUCCUCCCAUAAGGGAUCAGUUAUAUUUCACAUUUAUCAAUUGAAGGAUGGUAUGGUUAAAUAGUCAUUGAAUAAAUACUUUCAAUGAGGACAAUUACAAACAUGUGAGGAGAUUUAUUAAUGUUUUCCAUGAUUAUGUCAAAUAGUUUUCACAUUCCUCAAGAUUGUUUGACAAUGAAACAGAGAAUGCACUAAAACAUUUAAAAAGACAUGAAUUAGUGGUCUGAAGAUGGAGUAAUCUCAGGUGAUUAUAAAUUUCAGAGUAUUUGUGGUUGAAAUAUUAACAAAAACAAAGAUAUGUCAUUCUAAUGAUUAAGGGACAGAUCCUCCAGUGUUGGUAUAAGAUUCAGCUUAAAAUGAAGUAUUUUUCUGCAAAGUGCAUUGGCUGACAUUUUAUAUGAAGAAGAUCUCAGUAAUCUGCAGAGUAAAUGUACAGUAAUUUUCAAACUAAAUUUUAGUUUUCAGUGUACUUGGGGGACAGUGAAAGACCAUUAUUUGUUCUCUAAAAUGACCAGAAUCUGAAUCCAGAUCCAUCUAGCAGUCUUUCUUUUCUGACUGCAGUAUUUCUGUCUGAGAUGACUGGGUUUUUCAUUGUGGGGGUGGGGCAUUACUAAAUGUAAAACUGACAGCAUUGUUCAGUACUGGCUGGUUCUAGCAGGAAGACCGCAAGACAUUUUGGCACAGAAAAUGAAAAAAAAUGUGAUGGUGGUAAAUUUAUAAUCUGUGCAAUGUAUCUUUCAAAGAAAGAGGGCCAGGUGAAUUUAAAACCCUUUCAUCAUAACUUCUCAUUGAAGAAUCAAUUGGGAGCUUGGUCAAAAAAGAUUAAUUACAUUUGACUUGCUUAUACCAUUUUCACAAUAAGCAGAUGAAAUUGUAUUACCAACUAAUAAUGUGAGUUAACUUUCCUUCAAAUUAUGAAAGAAAUCAUACAACAUAACCAUAAACUAACUUUUUGAUCUUUGCAUAUGAUGUUUCAAAUUGGUAAUAUAUUAAAUACAUUGGGAGGGUGUAAUGUAUUAAAGUAAAAUUAACUGAAUUUUGCCAAGACAGAACAGUAUUCUAAAAUAAUGUAGCAUCAUCUGGAUUUUACUUAACUACUGUUAGAUAUCAAGCAAAUAAAAUUGUCCUCUACAGAGUUUAAAGGUUAGGUUACAAGCUUUAAAUAACUUCUGGGGAAGAAAUUAAUAGUUUUAGCAAUUAUUCUUGAACAUUGGCUUAGCACAGUUAAUUGCUUUACUUUCUUCUUGGAUGCUCAUAUGAGCUGCCUGGGACAUUGAAGUAAAGCAUCUCCAUCUGUGGAUGAUAUAUCUGUCCCCUCUGGGUCUUCUGUCUUUCUUAGGAGAUCCAUCUUACAUGGCAGUAGCUACUUUUAGAGUAGAGCUGAUGAAAUUCCUCUUCUCUUUUUGAAUGAAUCUGAGUCAAUAUAACUAUUUCUUCAGUGGCACCAAAGCAGUCAGCUCUCUGAUCUGGAUUAAAAGCAGAGAGAAAGAAAAUAGAUGAAACAAUCUUGCAAAAUUUUGUUUCUAUCUAUUGCACUCACAAAUAUAAUCUUUAAUGCCUUUUGUUUUUGUAAAAGUAAGCUUAGAUCACCUUCCAUUCCAUUCCAGUGAAGCUGAGUGAAACCAAUUAGUUUAAAGAUGAACGUCCAAGUGCAUCACCUUAAAACAGAUGCUUGUUUAGUUAAGUAUAAAAAAAAUGCUUAUUUUCUGCAUCUUCCCCCUUCCUUUCCAGUUAUGAUGAAGAGCCUCGGCCUGAAAUGUCAACUUUAUUUAUUUCCGUAGAUGCUGUCUGACCUGCUGAGUUCCUCCAGCAACUUGUUCAUGUUGUUCCAGAAUUCCAGCAUCUGCAGAAUCUCUUGUGUUUACUUAUUUAGAAUUUAUUUUUCUCCCAAUCAAAGUGCAGUAAUUGUGUUCACUGACUUGUAAUAUCCUGUUAAUUCUCAACCCUUCAUAACAAGGAAAGUGAAUCCUAUUGAUAUCCUUCAGUCAUUCUGACAUUAGCUAUCUUUAAUGCAUUGACCUAUGUUAGGACCCCAAACUCCCAUUAUGAAAUAUGUUUUUCCUACGAUAUAAUUUUGAUGUGUUGCUGUUCCUUAUGUUUUCGUAGAGUUGAAAUGGGUUGUUAAAAAUCUCACUUUAUGUAUCUUCUUUAGUAUAUCAUGAAAUUAGUACAAAAUGUUUUGAAUGACCAUGCUUGGGUUGAUUGACUUAAUGUUAAAUCUGAUGAAUUAGCAUUUUUGUUCAACUUGCAAAGGAACGGCCAAAAAGGAAUCAUGAUGAUAGAGAAUUGAGAAGGUUAUUUCUAUUUGGUCCAAAUAAAUGCAUUAUACCAUCAAUAUUUCAUUCUAAUGUAUAUGUCCAAACAGAGCUUCUCCAGUUCUUUCCAUAAAGUUACAGGAGUACAGGAGAUUGAAGAUCCAUGCUCAAAGGUUCAGAAACACAGCUUGUUCCCUUCAAUCAUCGGUUUUCAGAAUGGUCCAUGAACACUGCCUCAUUAUUCCAUUUUCUUUUUGCACUAUUUACUUACUUUUGUAAUUCAUGGAUUUUUACACUCUUUACACUGUACUACUGCAAAACAACAAAUUUCAAGUCAUGUGUCAGUCUUAGAGAAUCUAAUUCUACUUUGCAGUCCUAAAUUUUGUUGGAAAUUCAUCUUUACAGAUGAAUUUCAAUUAAGUUAUCAAUAGAGAAAUAUCAAAACAAAUGGAAAUAUUACAAUUAUCAUUUUGCAGUAAGAAAUUACGUUGUCCUAAGUGAUCAAUUUUUGUAAGGAGUAGUUGAAUAAUUUUAUAGCAUGGCUGUACCAAUAUGUUAAAAACAAACACUUAAUUACAUAAAGCCAACUUUUGUUAAAACCUUUUGUUAUUCAUCCUAUAAAACAGUCAAAAAGUCUUGGUGUUCUACCCAGAAUAUUGGUUAUGUGUACUUUGAAUGAGGCGCAAGUGUUCAUUUAGCAUUAUUUUGAAGAACAAAUAUAAUUGAAUGACAUUGUGCCUUUCAUGACCUCAGAACUUCCCAAAGCAGUGAAAUAAUUUUAAAAUAUUAUUUCUGGUAUAAAAUACUGAAUAGAGCAGCCAAUGUGUACAAAGCAAGUUCCUGCAAAUGCUAUGGAGUAAUGACACAGCUAAUCCUUUUUGAUAGAAAAAUGGCAGGAUUUUCCCCAAUGCCUUGGAUACUACUAAAAUACCAAUCAAGCAAAUGAUAUCGAAUAUUUGGAACUGAUUGCUGCAUUUCUUAAAUAGAAGUCACUCUUUUUUGGUUGAUGACUGACAACACUUUCUGAAGUUCAAGAUUAUCAGAGCUGCCUCAUAAAGGAUACAUUUUUAUCUGUGUUUCUUUCUGUAAUCAUAAAUGUAGAUUAUAAUGUAGAUUAUUAACAUUGUAGAUUCUAUGCAAAGGAUCCUAUAAAGUAAUUUAUGGAAGUACAUAUAUGUCACCAUAUACGAUCUCGAGAUUCAUUUUC